CUUCUGUCAAGGAGGUAUGAAUUYGAUGUGUCUUUCUCACGUUGAGCACGAGACGAUACUAGCAAGGAUACAUGAUGGUAAAGUACUUAACUCCGAYACAAUACGGGACACUAAGUGUGCAAGAACUUUCCUAACAAUAGAGUGCAACGACCCACACAACAUCGAGCAAAGAUAGAAGGAACGAUCCAAUGCCGAACAAAGAAGACGCUUCGUGCGUCAACGAGAAAAAGGGACUCCUUCAGGACUGCUUGCCGGGCGUCACGCUUCCGAAUGGCAAUGUAUACAACUACCAGCAACAACGCCAUGAUGAUCCUUCCCGUUCAUCGUCGUCUUCUCUCCAGCCACCCCACGAAUUAGAUCAAUUGCAGCACCACAUCUUGGUUUCAAAAAUUUCCAUGAACCAACAUCGAACCGACCAAGAUUCGAUUUGCACAGGAGAUAUGAACGACGCAGAAUCCCCGCCGUCGAUACAMGUGCUGUAYAUUGACAACAUGGACGGGCAMAAAGMAUUCCAAAAGGGUCGCACCUUUCGGGGGUACGGAGACGACUUUGAUUUCGACGACAUGGCGUCGUUCUCGGUUUCRAUCCGCCAGGCCGCGGCGACUUCCGAAGCCAGAAGACGGACGGAGCAGCGACGUUGUUUCUCUCUGAAACUGAUUYUGGUAGGAAUGGUCUUGCUGAUGCUAUGGGACCGAUUCCAGYCAACGAACACCAGCAACAACAUCAUCAAGCCAAUGCAUCGCAGCGAUGUUCCCUCGCAAGCUGGURCUCAUCAACAACGGUUUCGACUCUACACGCACUGGAAGAACAAAAUGGACGUCAAUUCGAUGCACGACAAAGGGCAGCAGCAACUCGAUGAAAGAAAUAACCACGACGACGAGAAAAGAAGGCAGAUUCUGGUAGUUCUGAAAGACCUAGACGAAGCCAUCGAGGGCGAUAUUGUCUUGAGAUCCAACAAGACAAAAUUCCAGAACGCCGCAAGGGCAUGGAGGCGAGAAGACUUUGUCAUUACCGAGAACGACGCGUCGUGGUCUUCAGACGCAAACGAAAACCUUCUGCCUCUUGCUGUGGUCGAAGCGGCGACACUCCGAGACGUGCAGAUCACGGUGCCAAUUCUGGCGGGGUUGCAGCGCGAUUACCAGCUGGGUUUUCGCGUUCGAUCCGGCGGAUAUGCCUACAUGAGCGGAUACAGCACGAUUCCUGGCGGUGUGGUACUGAGCUUGGCCAAACUGAACAGCAUUGAAUUCUUGGACGACAACCUACUAGGUGCAAUGCACAGCGAUAACAAUGAAGAGGUAGGAUCUGGUGGUAUUGGCAGGAUUGAUGGGKUUCUCGAUACUACCAAGGGAGUUGUCGCGGAAGAAAACCAUACARAAGGAACAGUCCCGCGAUCUAUCGCAAAUCCCAAGACCGUGAGGAUCGGACCGGGAGUCCGAACCGAGCAAUUUAUGAAAGAUGUAUUGGAUACGAAUGGCUACAGCGGUAUCGUGGCUUCUGCUGCCAGAGUGGCAAUGGGAGGGUAUGUUGCGGGAGGUGGGUACGGACUACAGUCUCGGAUGUAUGGGCUAGCCAUCGACAAUGUCUUAAGCCUUCAGACAGUGCUGGCAAGUGGGRAGAUCAAGAAUGUCACGGUAGGUGACGAUCUGUUCUGGGCUCUUGCAGGAGUCGGUGGUGGCAACAUUGGUGUUGUAACGUCGAUGGAGUAUCGCGUGUACCCCUCGCACGAUAUCAAGUUGGCGGGUAAGUUUUUUCCAUCGGUUGGUAUGCAUACCUUGUGCCUGAGCAACGGUGCAAUUGUGACAAAAUCUAAUGCAACCACGCACUACUUUUCCUUUUCGRUCAAUAGCAAUCGUAAAAGUGUCUUUGGCAGAAAUGACCCAAUUUCUCCGACGAUUGGGAGAGAAGGAAGCCGAUCUCUCUCCAGAGUUCACGCUUAGCAUUCAAGGGCUCAAAUCAUCAAACAAYAGAACGUUUUCGGAUUUUUCCCAGGUCGUGAGGACAAAUACAGACCUUGCACAAAAUAUUGAAACCAAGGACUUCAACGAAGAAGAAGACUGGCUUGUUAAGAUAUCUAUGUUUUGGAUGGGAGAUUCCAACCCAGACGAUCCAGUUGGGGCGGAAUACAUCAAGAAAGAAAUCAUCCCACUUUUCUCAAAUAGCUCUGCUCUGGAGGACAUCUCUUACUACUACUUCUCGUGGUCGGGCAUGUCCCGAGAACGAGAACAACGUCCCGAAUCCAAGUCGGUAUGGUCUGCACAGUCCUGGAAUGGCUUCUUACUACCCGGAAACAACACAGAAGAGGUGUGGGCCGACAUUGAAUCGAGUUUGUCCGCAAUGAUUUUGUAUUGCAAGUAUGUGUCGCUCCGGGUCGAGCUUUGGGGUGGAGCCAUUUCAAAAAUCCCAUUCAACGCUACAGCCUUUYCCUAUCGAGAGGCUAUCUAUAACAUUGGCAUCGACUUGUUGGUACCUACCAAGAGCGAGGAAGAUGCCGCCUCGGACGAGAUGCAUCUCGUGAACGCCAUUUGGCCAUCGAUUGCGCGGCAUUUAGAUGGAGCAUUCGUCAAUUAUCCGAUGGCGAGUCUAUCAAGCGAAUCCUACGCCUCGGCAUACUGGGGAAAGAAUCUAGAUCGUCUCAUAAAAUUGAAAGACAGAUACGAUCCCUCUGGCGCUAUCCAAACUGCACAGAGCAUUCCGAUACCAAGAAAUACWAGCAGACGCUAAUGCAUUGAACCCCCAUGGGUCUGCAUUAAUGAACUUUAUGUUUGUGGAAAACAUAUUUGAAUCAUGGCAAAAAUGAAGGAGCAAGCUGUUGAAGAUCUUUUCAUCUUUCAACUAUCAGUAUAGUAUAUCAGAGUGAAUAACUAAAUUUCAUUAAU